CCAAAACCUCACCGUGAGAAAGAUGCCAUGGCAAGAAAAAUAAUCUCAUGUUAUUCUUCUCACUGUUACAAUCGAGCUUGGAUCAACUAAAUCUUAUCCCCACAUACGAGGGGUUUUUUCCUGCUUCUCCAUGGGGCUCCGCAGAAAUCUGGAGUCUCUAGUCUCGACGAUGAGAUUGGUAUAAAACCUAGAGACGAGCCUGUUUCAUUACUCCAAUCCCAAUCUCCAACCCAGGGCGAUUCUCCAACUUGUCUCCAACUUUCUGCUUCUUGAAGACAUUUUGACCAAGAUGAGCGUGCCAACAUACAUGGGCGUCAGCGGCAAGUCCCUCGCCAUCCUCCAAAUCGCCGCCAUCGUCGCUCCCUCCUUCGUCCUCUUCGGCUACAACCAAGCUGGCAUUGGCGGUCUCCUCUCCGAAGAAGACUGGGUCAAGACCUUCCCCGAGAUCGACACCGUCAACUCUACCGGCGCAGACAAGAGCUCCAAAUCAACGCUUCAGGGCUUUGUUGUCGCGACAUUUGUCAUUGGUGCGCUGAUUGGCUCGUUGAGUUGCUCGUAUACGGGUGAUAAGUUUGGACGCAGAAAUGUCAUCUUUGCGGCGGCGAUUUGCUCCUUGAUUGGAGAGAUCCUCGAGGCUUCGUCUUUUGGACUGGCGCAGUUCAUUGUUGGGCGUGUCAUUAUUGGUCUGGGUAUUGGACAGCUUAGUUCGAUUGUGCCGGUUUGGCAGAGUGAGACGUCGGCGGCCGUGAACCGUGGUCGUCAGGUUGUGUUGACGGGUCUUUUCAUCUGCCUUGGUUACGUCCUCGAGUCAUGGAUCAACCUUGGUUUCUUCGAGUUUCACCAUGGCCCUGUUACCUGGAGACCCCCGAUUGCCAUUGCCAUCGCCUUCUCCCUCAUCCUCAUGGCUAGCAUUUAUUUCUUCCCCGAGAGCCCUCGAUGGCUCGUCCUCAAGAACCGAUCUGAGGAGGCCCGUCACGCUGUCGCUGCCCUUCGGGGUCUUCCCAUCGAUUCCACAGAGGUUCUCGCUGAAGUUGCUGGCAUUGAGCACUCCCUCGAAGAGACCUCCGAUAACGCUGCUCGUCUGGGCGAUAUGCUCAAGAUGGGUGAGGAUAAGCUCCUGUACCGCUUCAUCCUCUGCAUUCUUCUGCAGUUCUACCAGCAGAUGAGUGGUUCCAACCUCGUCAGUGUCUACGCCAACGUUCUCUUCCAGAAGAACCUGGGUAUGAGCGCCGAGACAGCCAAGAUUCUUACCGGAGGAGCUCUCACUUGGAAGUUCCUCGCGUCUUUCAUCGCCUUCUUCACCAUCGAUCGUUUCGGUCGUCGUGCCGUCUUCAUGAUCAGCGGUAUUGGUAUGUCGGCGUGCAUGAUCGCUCUCGCCAUCACCACCUCUUUCGGCAGUGAGAACAAGCCUGCCAUGAUUGCUGCUGGUUGCUUCAUUUACCUUUACAACACUUUCGUUCCCAUCGGUUUCCUUGGCGCCAACUUCUUGUACUGUACUGAGGUUGCUCCCAUUCGUCUCCGAAUGGCCAUGUCUUCCAUCUCGACCGGUAAUCACUGGCUUUGGAACUUCAUUGUCGUCAUGGUCACACCCGUCGCUCUCGAGAGUAUCGGCUGGCAGUACUACAUUGUGUACGCCGUCAUCGCCGCAUGCGUUCCCAUCUCGGUCUUCCUGUUCUUCCCUGAAACCAUGGGUCGCAACCUCGAAGAGAUCGAGCUCAUCUUCAAGGAAUCGCCCUCUGUGUUCUCAACAGUCAAGUUUGCAAAGACUCGACCUCGCAACACUCCUCAGCAAUUCCUCGCAAGCAAGGAAAAGGCUGAUCACUUGGAGCAAAGCGAAGAGUAAUUGGGAAAGAAAUGGAAGCAAUUGUUUAUGUUUACGAAAUAGCGAUAGAAAGCAGAAUGCUAGUAUGAUUAUGACAUGACAUGAUAUGGAUUCGCUUGUUAUUCACCAGCCAAGUGACAUUUAUCCGGUCUCUCAUCAUGUGAACAUCCCUUGGC